AUGUCCUCACAGGCCGCUCAACAAUUUCUAUUAAUAGCUAAAUCUGUACGUGGUAAAGCUGCAAUCGAUUUAGUCACUCGUGUAAUCGAACAUGCGGAUAUAUUCGGUUUUGAUGAAUUUCUUCGUUUGGAUUCACUUGUAAAUUUUCUCAAACAAGAAAAUUCACAAAUUCUAUCAACAUUAGAAUUGUUUGCCUAUGGUACAUUAACGGAUUAUGAAUCCGAUCGUACACGUUAUAUGUCUUUGUCAUCCGUAGCACGACGAAAAUUACAAUUAUUAACAUUAGCAUCAUUGGCUGUUCAUGCACGAAUAUUACCUUAUGCAAUUCUAUUAAAAGAACUUCAAAUUGAAAGUGUACGUGAACUUGAAGAUUUAAUUAUUGAUGGGAUUUAUGCACAAGUUAUACGUGGAAAACUAGAUCAAUUAAAUAGUCGAUUAAAUGUUGAAUUUGCUAUAGCACGUGAUGUCAAUUCAGCUGCAUUUAAUCGUAUGGAAGAUGUACUUGAAAACUGGUGUAAAAACUGUGCAGCUUUAUUAAAUGUUUUAAAAUUUGAAGCUAUGAAAGCUAAUGAACAAAAGAAAAAAGCUUUAGACGAACAAGAUAAAUAUGAUAAAGAAAUGUUAUCAAUGAUUAAAAUUAUUGAUUUACAAGGACAAAAUUCUGGUGGUAAUAUUGGACGACGAGAUAGUAAUGAAAAUAAUAAUAAUUUAAAUAUACUACAAGCUUCAUCAAAUAUCUUAGCCAGUAAUAUGGAUUCAAAACAAAGUGGAGGAAAAAAGUCAGCAAGACAAACUGUUAAAAGAUUCUUUCGUUCAUAA